GGUGGGUGUGGGUGUACGUCUGGCCCAGUCCCUCUGCCCAUUCCCUACACGGGGGAAGGAACAUGAUGGCCUUCUGGGAUUACUUCUGUGAGUUUUGGGACUACGAGACGGCCAAGGUGAUUGUGGUCAAGAACCGGAACCUGGGCAUCAUCUACAGGCUGGUCCAGCUCUUUAUCUUGGUCUACUUCAUUUGGUACGUGUUCAUUGUCCAGAAGGGCUACCAGGAGAGCGAAUCCGGACCGGAGAGCUCCGUCAUCACGAAGGUGAAGGGCGUCACCCGCUCACAGCGCAAGGUUUGGGAUGUGGAGGAAUACGUCAAGCCACCAGAGGGAGGCAGCAUCUUCAGCAUCAUCACCCGGGUCCAGGUCACCCCCUCGCAGACUCAGAAGACAUGUGCCGAGAACAUGCGGGCCUUGUGCCACUCCCAUGAUGACUGUGCCGUGGGUGAGAUGGACAUGCUGGGGAAUGGAGAGAAGACGGGGCGCUGCAUCCCCUACAACCACACCAAGAAGACCUGUGAGAUCAGGGCCUGGUGUCCGGUGGAGGAUGGAGCAGCUCUCAGUGAGAAUUUGGCAAAGAUGGCACCAGAGUUCACCAUUCUGAUCAAGAACAACAUCCAUUUCCCUCGUUUCCGCUUCUCCAAAGGGAACAUCAAGGACAACAGAGACGGAUACCUGAAGAACUGUCUCUUCAACGAAACCACUGACCUCUACUGCCCCAUCUUCAAGCUGGGUUUCAUUGUGGAGCAGGCGGGCGAGAACUUCUCCGCACUGGCUGAAAAGGGUGGCGUAAUUGGAGUGAUCAUUAACUGGAAUUGUAACCUGGACCUGCCGGACUCUGAGUGCAACCCCCGUUACUCCUUCCGUAGGCUUGACCCCAAGUGGGCCCAGGUCUCCUCUGGCUACAAUUACAGGUUUGCCAAGUACUAUCAUUGCAGCGGGAAGAGCACACGCACCUUGAUCAAGGCUUACGGAAUCCGGAUCGAUGUCAUUGUGCACGGACAGGCUGGGAAGUUCAGCCUCAUCCCCACCAUUAUAAACCUGGCCACAGCGCUGACAUCCGUGGGGGUGGGCUCCUUCCUCUGCGACUGGAUCUUAUUGACCUUCAUGAAUAAGAACGACGUGUACAGCACCCGGAAGUUUGACCAGGUAUCCAGGUGCCCGGAAGGAACUCCGUCAACGGAACUCAGCACCACCGACUCCUGCACGCGGGCCUCCUCUCCCAUAGACCCAAAGAUCCCUGUCCAUCUCUGAGGAUCACCCCCUCCCCCGUUUCCUGCCCAUUUGCCAGGACUCCUUGUACGCAUCUGACGAAGCAACCUCUUCCCAGUAAAAGCUCACACCACAAAAUAAAAUUAGCCGGUUGUUAA